AUGUUGAUCGUCAAGUUUCUUCAGAUUGUUCUGCUGCUAAUUUUCUCUAGUAAAUCCACCGUAGCAGACAAGAAAACGCAGCCAUCUAAGACCACGUACAUUAUUCAAAUGGACCCAUCCACUAUGCCAUCUAGUUUCAACGAUCAGCUCCAGUGGUAUGCUUCAUCACUAAGAUCAAUAUCGGACUCUGCAGAGAUGCUCUAUGCCUACAAACAUGCAAUCCAAGGCUUCUCCACGAGGCUAACCAAUGAAGAAGCAGAGUUGCUUGCAAAGCAACCAGGAGUGUUAUCUGCCAUCCCUGAGACUGUAUAUAAGCUUCACACUACUCGAACACCACAGUUUCUUGGAUUAGAAAAAGGCAGCACUAAUUACUUGCCUGCCACUGAGAAAGAAAGCGACGUGAUUAUCGGAGUAAUCGACACUGGCGUAUGGCCUGAGCUACAAAGUUUCAACGAUGCCGGACUUGGACCAGUACCCAGUAGAUGGAAGGGCGAAUGUGAGACAGAGAAAGACUUCAACGCAUCAAGCUGUAACCGGAAACUAGUGGGUGCAAGAUAUUUCUUAAAAGGGCGUGAAGCAGCUGCAGGAACCAUCAACGGAACUGAAGAAUCAAGAUCACCUAGGGAUACCCUAGGCCAUGGAACUCACACGUCCUCUACAGCAGGUGGGUCCAUAGUUGCAAACGCUAGCCUCUUUGGUUAUGCUUUUGGGAAAGCAAGAGGGAUGGCCACAAAAGCUAGACUAGCAAUAUACAAGGCGUGUUGGGAAUAUGGUUGCUUCACGACUGACGUUCUUGCUGCGAUUGAGAAGGCCAUCGAGGACGGCGUCAAUAUCAUAUCCAUAUCCCUCGGGGCCGAUCAUCCAACUGAUUAUUAUGAAGACGUUAUCGCAAUCGGAUCAUUCAAAGCCGCAGCUCAUGGAAUAUUUGUAUCUGCUGCAGCAGGAAAUGGUGGUCCCUACCCGAAAAGCUUAUCUAAUAUGGCGCCAUGGAUAACCAACGUCGGCGCCGGAGCCAUAGAUCGUGACUUCCCGGUCUAUGUCAGACUCGGAAACGGAAAGAAUUACACCGGAGCUUCUCUUUACAGUGGCGAACCCUUACCUGGUUAUCCGUUGCCCCUUGUUUAUGCGGGUAAUGUAAGCAGCCCUCCUUCCGCUCUGUGCGACGAGCACACUUUAAUUCCCUCGAAAGUUAAGGGAAAGAUCGUGAUAUGUGAGCAAGGAUUCAUUAAUAGUGUGGAUACAGGCUUCCAGGUGAACAAAACUGGUGGGCUUGGGAUGAUUUUAAUCAACACUAAGGAAGACGGCGAAGAGAUAUUUGCAAAAGCAUAUCUCGCUCCCGCGGCUUCUUUGGGUUACAAAGCCGGCGACGAAUUAAAGAAAUAUGCUUUGUCUGACCGAAAUCCGAGGGCUACACUUACUUUCGGAGGCACCAAGGUACACGUUCAACCGUCACCGGUGGUUGCAGCUUUCAGUUCCAGAGGUCCAAAUCCCUUGACCCCAGGAAUACUGAAGCCAGAUUUGAUUGCACCAGGAAAGAAUAUCCUAGCUGGGUGGACCCACGCAGCUGGACCGUCUGAGCUGGACUAUGAUACGAGGCGUGUGAGCUUCAAUAUCAUUUCUGGGACAUCCAUGUCUUGUCCUCAUGUAAGUGGGCUAGGCGCAAUGCUGAAGGGAGCUCACCCAGAUUGGAGUCCUGCGACGAUACGAUCUGCUCUCAUGACUACGGCCUACACGACCGACAAAAAUGGGGCGGCCUUACUCGAUUUUGCCACUGGGAAACCUGCGACGCCAUUUGAUUUCGGAGCUGGACACGUGGAUCCCGCAGCUGCGCUUGAUCCGGGUCUGGUGUAUGAUGCUACCACCAAUGACUACCUCAACUUCUUAUGUGCCUUGGACUAUACUUCAAGUCAAAUCAAGCAAGCCACCGGACAAGACUUUACCUGCGACUCAAGAAAGAAGUAUAGGGUGGAAGAUUUGAACUACCCAUCUUUUGCCGUCAAUAUGAAAACAGCUUCAGGCUCUGGUAAACCCAUGAGUGUCCAACACACGAGAAUCCUGACUAAUGUGGGAGAACCAGGAACUUACAAGGUUUCUGUGUCGUCCCCGUCUUCGUCGGUGAAGAUUGAGGUUGAACCGACGACGCUUUGUUUCAGCAAAAUGUACGAGAAGAAGAGCUUUACGGUGACAUUCAAUACUUGGGCUUCGAUGCCUAGUGGCACAACCACCUUUGGUCAUCUGGAAUGGUCAGAUGGGAAACAUAAAGUCGUUUCUCCGAUUGCUCUUGGCUGGACAUGA